AAAAGAGGGAGUGAAGCUCGCUCGCUCUCUCCCUCCACCCCCCUCUCCCAAAAAGAGCCAAAUGGAUGCAAGAAGGGAAAAAAAAAACCCACACACCAAUCUCCGAGGGGAUGCCAAUGAGGUGUGGCUUGUAUUUAAAUAUCCAAUAUGUCAAUGUAAGGGGAGUGGGUAUGUAUAUAAAGUGCCGUUUGCAUCUGAUAGCUCGAGGAAGCCAGCGAUGAGAGGCCGGAGGAGAUGGAUGCGGAGGGGAAAAGGCACUUUGACUGAGAGCAAGGUCAGAAGCGCGCUGCCUGACGCUCCCCGCCGCUGAGAAGUUCCUUGGACGCGAACAGACGUCGACUGCAGCUCAGCAGAGCGCGGAGAGAGCGAGCUAGCGAGGGACCGCCGCUGAACCGCCCGCGCCUGCCGCGGGGAGAGGCAGUUCGCGCCCCGUGGCCCCGGCUCGGACCCCGAGCGCCCAGCACAACCCGCGCCGCAAUCGGCCCAGCCAUGGCAGAGGUGGGGGGCGUCUUGGCCUCCUUGGACUGGGAUCUACACGGCUUCUCCUCGUCUCUGGGGAACGUGCCCUUAGCUGACUCCCCAGGUUUCCUGAAUGAGCGCCUGGGCCAGAUCGAGGGGAAGCUGCAGCGUGGCUCACCCACAGACUUCGCCCACCUGAAGGGGAUCCUGCGGCGCCGCCAGCUCUACUGCCGCACCGGCUUCCACCUGGAGAUCUUCCCCAACGGCACUGUGCACGGCACCCGCCUCGACCACAGCCGCUUUGGAAUCCUGGAGUUUAUCAGCCUGGCUGUGGGGCUCAUCAGCAUCCGGGGAGUGGACUCUGGCCUGUACCUAGGAAUGAACGAGCGAGGAGAACUCUAUGGGUCGAAGAAACUCACACGUGAAUGUGUUUUCCGGGAACAGUUUGAAGAAAACUGGUACAACACCUAUGCCUCAACCUUGUACAAACAUUUGGACUCGGAGAGACAGUAUUACGUGGCCCUGAAUAAAGACGGCUCACCCCGGGAGGGAUACAGGACUAAACGACACCAGAAAUUCACUCACUUUUUACCCAGGCCUGUAGAUCCUUCUAAGUUGCCCUCCAUGUCCAGAGACCUCUUUCAGUAUAGGUAAUGAACCUUUUGUGUGCCCUCUGUGACCCAUGUACUCUGGGGCCACGGUUGUCUCUGCAAGCACUAUACUCAUAGCUUUUCAAUCCUUCCUUCCUAUCGUUUUAGAUAACAGAAAAGCACUUACUGUUGAACUCAACCCAGCUGUUCCCUUGUUGUUCAAAGUGUAUAUCAAGGUUGGGUUAUUUUGGGGAGGGAUGGGGGGGGCUGGGCUCGAGGGAAUCUUGUAUAUACUUUUUUCUUUACUCAUGUUCUUUCCCCUGAGGUAGCAUAACAAAAGAAUGGGAGCCCUUGCCAAGGGCCAGAGGGGUCUUAUCCCACAAUUUACUCAAAUACCUUGACAAUAGGUAUAAAUGAAAGACCAAGGAAUCUGCCACAGAUGCUACCUACAGAGUUUUGGAAAAGUCUCUUUAAGAAAAUCCUUGAGGCUACAGCCUUGCUGCAAGCCUCCCCUGCAUUGGCUAUGCAGAUUUCUCAUCUGUCCUGACAUACAGUUUUCCUGCCAUUGGAAGUGGGAGAUGGGGUAGGUUGUAAGAAAAUGAUAUUAAAAUGUAAGCAUGGAUACUGUGCAUAAGGACAAAUUAUUUAUAAAAUGUAUAUGCUAUUUAUUUUAUAUAUUUAUUUAUUUCAAAAUAAUUUUAUUUUUAAUGAGAGAUGCUAUAGCUGGAUUUUCAUCAGAAAGAAUAAGGUCCUACUGAAACAGGAUAAAAUGAAUUAUUAAAGGCUUUUACUGGCAAUAAAAUUUGUCUUUAUAUUGUAA